AUGAAUCCUUUUACAUUAACUUUUAUUGAUGAAAAUUUAGAGAAAAAGUAUAUAGAGAGUUAUUCAAUUGAAUUGAUUCAAGCUUUCAGAUAUACUUUUUCAUUGAUGUCAAUCUCAAAUAUUAUAUUGAGUCUUUUUUGGAUCAAAAGAGAAGAAAUGCUUAUUGGUAUUUUAUUAGUAGCAAUAAGUCUUACAUAGACAAUAGUAUUUUACUAUAUAAAAAUGAAAUAAUAGUUUCUAUCCGUAGUUGGAUAUUUGAUUUCAUCACUAAGUUUAUUUGCUUCAUUUUAUCAUUUGCUUCCUAUGUAUUAUCCUGAGAUGUAUGAGCAUUAAUAUGAUUGGAUUUUUGAUAUUUCUUAAUUUCUGGCUUUAAAUUUCACUUUAACUCCAAAUUUUUUGUUAAAUUAACUUUUACAGCUGAUGUUUUUAUUUUCACGAUUGCUUAUGCGUAAUUACAAUCACUUUCAUAUUGAGACAUUGAUAUUAACUCUAUAUUUAAUACUCUUUUGGUAAAAGGAAUAUUAUAGAUAAAAACACAACAGAUAAUUAUUUUUAUUAAAUGAGCAGUAAAAAUCCUCUUUUUCUAUUUGGGAUGAUUUAGUGGAUCAUAAAAUUGUAUUAUUAACAUAUAAUGAGUAUUGGGAGAAAAUAGAAUUCUAAUAAGCAAAUAAAUGUAUGAAUGGAUACAUAAAAAUAGAAAACAAAGAUUUUCUUGAAGAUUUUAGAGUAAUUGAUUAAAAAAUAACACUCAAUUAAUAUCUAUUGGAAAAGGUGAGAGAUAAAUCAAAUGAAUUUUAGAUAAGAGUUUUAAACACAAUAAAUAGAGAUAAAUUUAUAGUGAAAUGUGUUAUAUAAAAAUUUGAAUAAAUAAAAAUAGCAAUAAAAUUUAGUGAAUUCUAAUCUGGUUUUAGUAGUUAGUAAUGGAAUAACAAUAGUUACCUUAGAGUAUUAAAAAAUUUAAAGAAGAUUGAUAAAACAUAAUAUUACAGAGAGACUCUAAGGAAUUUGCUUUAUAAUUCUUAUUAUAUUAAAGAAAAGAUACUAGAAUAAGUAGAAGAGUUGAGAUAUUAAAAAUUGAGAUUAUUUUUGGAUACAAUUUUAAAUAAGGAGAAGAUUCGCAUUAAUUUUGAAAUAAAACAAUUUUCGACAGUUCUUCCAUUAUUUUUUGCACUAAUUUGUUGUUUAGUAAAAGUUUAUAAGAUAAGAGAUAUUUGUUUGAUAGAAUUGAAUUAAUAUAAUAUAUAAGUAAUCUUGUAUGGGAAUGACAUUGAUGUUCCUAGACACAGAUUUGAUGUGUGUAAGAGGAUUGUUAGUAAUAUACUUUAACAGAUUGGAUAGAAUAAUUGUAGAUAUGAAUAGGAUUAUUGUAGUUUGAUUUUAGUAAAUAAAUAAGAAUUAAUGGAAUGGAGUCCUAAAAAUAAUUAAUUAAUAACAUUUAGUAAUUGA